CCUCAGGUGAUCCACCCGCCUCUGCCUCCCAAAGUGCUGGAAUUACAGGCAUGAGCCACCAUGCCAGGCCCACCUGAUGUAUAUUUUAAGACCUCCUUUGCUGGUGGAGGACAGAUUUUGUGUGAAGGGGAGGAAUAAAGAGUGGGAGCAAGGGGGCCACUGAGAAUGGUGUUGGAGAGGCUUGGGGGAGAUGGUGGCUCAGGAUGAUGGGCUGGGUUUGGACAGGGCAUGGAGGGGCUUGCAGGUGGAUGGGCUGUGGAUGGUGGAGGAGAGUAACGAAGGUUUCUGUCCUUCAUGAGCCCUGGAGGGAACAGACGAGAUCACACCAUUGCAUAGUAAGGUAUCCCUUACUGUGGGGUAGCGAACCAGGCAGGGAACAACCUGGGAGGAAUCAAAUUUUAUUUUGGACACGUUACUUCUGAAGGGCUAACAGACUUCCAGGCAGAAAGGCCCUUGAAGGAAACAUUCUAGGGGUCUCUCUGGGAGGCUUAGAUCAAGGAGCUGAGACCAAAAGGAGAAUGGGAGGGACGAGAUGAUACAAUAGAGGUGGAGCCGAGGCCCUUAGAGGCGGAUAGGUGGAUUCCUGAGGGAGGAGGAAGGGGCUGAGGUUGCUAGAGCCUGGAAGCUUCUUCCGGAGCCAUUGGCAGGACUUAUGCAAACAGCUCUGGGUGGGAAGAGGGAACCAGGAUAUCCUCCUGUGUCUUUCCUCUUCUGCAGUCAUCCUGGAUGACUCCCAGAUGGAAUUUCUUGGAUGUCAUUGCUUGGAGGUCCCCUGCAUGCCUGAAGAAGGACAUGCUGGAGAGCAGGAUGCCUGGAUCCCAUGGGGGAAGGGAAGUGCCCAGGAAAGAACGAAGUCCCAGGGGGAGCUUUUAGUGUGUGGGUGAGUGGGGAGGCUGGGGUAGUAGCUGACACUGUCCCAGCUGCAUCCCAGGUUUGAAAGGCACCUCCUCCCCCAGCGCAGGCAUCCUGCCUCCCAACCCUGUAAUUACGGCGCUUCCCAACGCGUGGUUUGCUCCCAUUCUUUGGCUUCCAAUAGUUGCAAGGGAUGAAGGUGGACAUCUCUGUGAUUACGGAGAUGCCAAGCACCCAGACUCAGCCCACCCCAGCUUUGGGGGCCAGUACACAGCCAUGAUGCUCAACUGGAAGCUCCUUGGGAUCCUGGUCCUUUGCCUGCACGCCAGAGGCAUCUCAGGCAGCGAGGACCACCCUUCUCACCCACCCGCAGAGGACCGAGAGGAGGCAGGCUCCCCAACAUUGCCUCAGGGCCCCCCAGUCCCCGGUGACCCUUGGCCAGGGGCACCCCCUCUCUUUGAAGACCCUCCGCCUCCCCGCCCCAGUCGUCCCUGGAGAGACCUGCCUGAAACUGGAGUCUGGCCCCCUGAACCGCCUAGAACGGAUCCUCCUCAAUCUCCCCGGCCUGAUGACCCUUGGCCAGCAGGACCCCAGCCCCCAGAAUACCCCUGGCCUCCUGCCCCUGAGGUGGACCACCGACCUCAGGAGGAGCCAGACCUGGACCCACCCCGGGAAGAGUACAGAUAAUGGGCUUCCCCCAGCCAUUCUGCUCCCAGGCAUCUCCAGACACCCACGCCCUCUCCACUCUGAUUCCCCGUGAACUCUUCCCAAUUUAGCCCGUCUCCUUAAACCUCUUCCUCAUUCCCUCGGUUUUAUUCUGAACCCAGAAGGUGGUGUUCUCAAUAUUUCCUGUCCCCUCCUGAGAUCCGUACUUAGCCCUCACAUUGCCCGUUUUUUCCUCUGACAGCCUAAGCCUACUCUCAUACCUCACCUCCGGGCCUCGGCCCCACCUACCUCCCUCCCCGUCUUCCUGCCCGCGCGAUCGCUGGGGCAGGGCUGCGGUACUGUGUUCCCUUCUGCCACCUGGUGGCCGGCGGCAGGAAUUAUCAGUAGACAGCUGUUGCUUCCAUGAAACGGAAAAAUAAAAAUCACGUUUUCUUAA